AGAAUGUAUGAUUAGCAUUUUUUCAUUUACCAGAGGAGUUCCCAUAGGAGGAAGGGGUCUGAAACUCUGAUCCACAAACCACAAUUAUCAACAAACAAACCCAGAGCAUCUUAUAGAGAAUAAAAGUCAUUCAAAAAGAGAACUAAACAAAAAAGGAGAAAGCAAAAAUUCAUUCUCUUCUCAUCUCAGAUCUGAUCGGAAAAUAAAAAAUGUCUUCUUCAUCAACUUUCAGCGGCGAUGAAACAGCCCCAUUCUUUGGCUUCCUCGGCGCUGCUGCCGCCUUAGUCUUCUCCUGUAUGGGAGCGGCGUACGGAACGGCGAAGAGCGGAGUUGGGGUGGCGUCGAUGGGUGUGAUGAGGCCAGAGCUGGUGAUGAAGUCGAUCGUGCCGGUGGUCAUGGCUGGUGUGUUGGGUAUAUACGGUCUCAUCAUUGCUGUGAUUAUCAGCACAGGGAUUAACCCAAAGGCUAAAUCCUAUUACCUCUUCGAUGGCUAUGCCCAUCUCUCUUCUGGUCUCUCUUGUGGCCUCGCUGGCCUUUCUGCUGGUAUGGCUAUUGGUAUCGUCGGUGACGCUGGUGUCAGAGCCAAUGCACAACAGCCAAAGCUUUUUGUUGGGAUGAUUCUUAUUCUUAUUUUUGCCGAAGCACUGGCUCUCUAUGGUCUCAUUGUUGGCAUCAUCCUUUCUUCCCGAGCUGGUCAGUCCAGAGCUGACUGAAUCUGAGAGAGCACAUUCUGCUUGGUGGUUGUGGUUGUGGUUGUGCGGUUUAUUGCUAUUAAUUGGGAAGUGUUUUUAUUUUUUACUAGAGAUUCUUGUGGGUGAGUGCAAUUGUUUUACCAAUAUAUGUUUUAGGAAGUUUCCUUGCUAUGGUGAUAGGAUAUAGAAUUAGAAAUUAGUUUCUACUCUUAAAUUUUAAUAAAGUCUUUUCUCAUCUUUCUGAUUCAGCAUUGUGCGGAUUUAAAUUUAAAGUUGUGUAGAAUUAUUGUAUUAUCAUUUUUGGAAGGAUUUGCCGUCA